CCGAUUAACGAUUGAAAAUAAAAAAUUUUCAUUAACUUUCAAUUGAAUCUUUUAAUUAACUUUGUCACUAAUUGAAUUAUUGUUUUCUGUUUUUGUUUUGUCUCUUUAUUUGGUUGAUUGUAUUCUUUUUGUUAAAUAGACUAUGUAUCGAUCGAGAUUAAAUCGUUUGGUGAAUUAUUCGUAUCGAAGUUUAUUUAGCUCAUCGGUUGAUUGCUCAGUUGAUUCGAUACAAUCAAAUCAUCUUCUUGUUUCUACUAAAUCAUCUACUGUGAUUAAAAGUGUUCGUGGUUUACAUUUGGUGCCGAUUGUUGUUGAGCAAACUGGAACUGGUGAGAGAAGUUAUGACAUUUAUUCUAGACUAUUAAAGGAAAGGAUCAUUUGUCUCAUGGGAGCGAUAAAUGAUGAUACAGCUUCAUUAACUGUGGCUCAAUUGUUAUUCUUACAAUCAGAGAGCAGUAAAAAACCAAUCCAUAUGUAUAUUAAUAGUCCAGGAGGUGAAGUUCCGGCUGGAAUGGCCAUUUAUGAUACUAUGCAAUACAUUUUACCUCCAAUUGCAACUUGGUGUGUUGGUCAAUGUUGUUCGAUGGCCAGUUUACUUUUAACUAGUGGAACUCCUGGGAUGAGACAUUCUCUUCCUCAUUCAAGAAUAAUGGUUCACCAGCCUCAUGGAUCAGCUCGAGGCCAAACAACUGAUAUGAUUAUAUUAGCUGAAGAAAUGAAUAAAAUUAAGAAAAUGCUUAAUGGUUUAUACUCAAGACAUACAGGAAAACCGAUUGAAGAGAUUCAGGAGAUGCUCGAAAGGGAUAAAUUCAUGUCCCCUGAAGAAGCCAUUGAAUUUGGACUAAUCGAUUCCGUCCUUUCUCAUCCUCGCACAUCCAACAAUCCACAACAAGAUCAACCCCAACAACCCCAACAACAACCGGAAUCACCUCAACAGUAAACAAUCAAAAGACAUUAGAAAAUCAAACAAUUAGUACCAAUAACCAUGCCAAUCAAUUGAUGGAUCACAAAGACAAUCGAAAUUUUCUCCCUCAAUUAAAUGGAAAUCACCUGAAAAAGAAAGGAAAAGGAGAGAAGUAAAAAUAAA